AUGAUAAGUAAUAAGAAGAUUAGAUUAGUUGCAAUUUCUGCAGUUCUGAUAUUAUUCAUAAUAUUAUUCUUUAGGACUAGUUCCGAAUCUGAUAUACGUCCCGAAACAUUAAAUAAUGAUUCUAAAGCACAGACGUUGUUGACUGCUAAUAAUUUGAUCGAUUCAAAGAAUGACGACAAGGUUGAUGCGGCUAUCAAUAAUGAGAUAUCGAAACUUAACAAUGAUGAUUCAGAACAGGAUACUUCGUCAGAAAAGACACAAGAGGGUAAGUCCGUGAAAACAGAAGAUUUCGACGUCGCAAAGGCAUUAUUAGAAAUCAGAGCCAUGUCACCUAUGGUCAUAUUCUCCAAGACAUACUGCCCAUAUUCCAAGAGACUUAAGCAAUUGCUACGUGAUAAUUAUCAAAUAACUCCAGAACCUACAAUUGUGGAGCUCGAUAAACAUGGAUACGGCCAGAACUUACAGGAGUACUUAGAAGAGACCACGGGACGUGGGACCGUACCUAAUGUUUUAGUCGGAACUUCACUCGAAAGCAGAGGAGGGUGUGAUGAUAUGAAGAAGUUGCACGACGAGGGCAAAUUGCUAACCUUACUAGUCGAAUGGGGCUCAACUGACUCCAAAAAGCUCGACGUUAAGAAGAUCGAAGCACCAUCUAAUAGUUAG